ACGAUCGCCGUGAGUCAGUUCUCGCGAGACUUUGGGUGCGUGGCGAGACACGAGCCAAAAAAUAGUGGAAGCAGAUUUCGCUAGCCACGUGCAGACUUGUGCAAUACUCAGGAAAGCCGAAAUUUCGCAACAAAAUUCUUUUCCCAGGUCUCUCUUCAUGCGCUGUUGCAGUGGAGGUGGUGUGGACACUGGUUUGUCCGUUUUGGUGCUACAGUUUUUACACGUUUGGAGAAUCAGUACUCUGUAGAAUCCCAUCAUCAUGACAGCCUGUCGGAUAGUUAUGACAGCCGGUAUCUCCGUAGCAGUGGCUGUGAUCACUGUUCUCUGGUUCACCAGCAAAAAGAAAAAGAAGCCUAGUACAUCAACCAAAGGCUUAGACAAGCACAGCAGCAGUAGCAGUAGUAAAACUAGUAGUAUAGACAAGGAGGAAUCCCCUCAGGCCGCUAGUAAUAGUAGUGUUGAAGAGCAGUUCAGCUUUAAACAUACAGAUCUAGCAGUAGAAGAGCUAUCUGCCAACACCUUUAGUGCUAAGGAUUUCAGUACAGCUACAGAUUUGUCAGAGAGCUCUUUAUCUCAGAAGAGAGAAGCUCCACUUCUGCAUCUGGAGCCAUGCAAGCGGCCUGAGUCGUUGAGUUCUGCUGGAGACCAGAAGUACCAGCAAGAGGAGAAUGAAGAUGCCCCUCUGCAGAAUGAGCAGAACGAGAUGGCAGCAAUCAGUGUCACCAAGAGCCCUGAUGUUGGAAAGUCGGAAAAAACAUCAACCAAAGAGGAAACAAGCACAAAAGAAGUACAAGAUGUCAGCAAAGAAGAAAACACAACAGCUGAUGAGAUGGAUCCUAUUCCUGAAGAAUCAUCCAGUAAAGAUGAUGAUGUUUCCGAUGCUCCUGAGGGUUGCACUGAUUGUGAGAAAAAUGUAGAGGAAGAGGGUAGUGACAAACAAGGGUUUUCUCCUCCACUUUCCCCAGCAGUCUCCAGCAAAGUGCUUUGUGCUCCUAUUUCUUCAGCACUCUCAAGCAAAGUGUGCAGUACUGAUAGUGACGACUUGAACUGUGGCCCAGAGCUUAAGUUAGAGGAAUCCUCAAUAGAUAUUUCACUUCAGUCCCAAGUGACAUCCACAGAAGCUGAAAAUGUCAGCUCUUCAGCUGAACCAUCUCAGGAGUCCAGCAGUUGCCAAGAGGAGUCUUCUCACUCUCAGGAAGCCGACAGAGUGCAAACCAGCAGCCAAGGGUCAUCCCUGUCAGAAUCUAGCACUGAUGGGUCAGCGGUAGAUGAAACAUCGGUGGGAAAAGAUGCAGCUGAUGCUUCCAGCGAUGAGGGAAUAACAGACUGUGCAAACAGCGAGGUUACUGUUGAGUGCACACACUCAUCUAGUGCCGAGGUCCAGUCAGUCCCAACCUCUGACUGGGGCACAGCAGUUGAAGAGCUGGAACGCAAAAGCGAGCAGAAAAAGAUGCAGUCGCCACCAAAGACCCGCAAAUCCUCCGGCGAGGUGGAUAGCCAGAAGUCCCCUUCUCCCACCCCGGUAGACGCUCCAAUGGUUUCCCCUGGGUCAGAGGUCAGCAGCGAGGUGUCCAAUGACAGCGGCCGUAGCACCAUGGACAACGGUGCAGCGAGCACGGCCAGUAGCAGCACCCAUCAGGACCAGGCUGGGGUUCUGGAGGAGGACCAGGUCAUAACCUGGAAAAUCAACUUCCCAUCGGACCUGUGUGGCCGUCUGAUCGGGAAGCAGGGCAGGAACAUCAAGUGGUUGAUGGACAGGACAGGCUGUAACAUCUACAUCAGGAAGAGUCCUGACUUCAUGCAGUGGUGCUGUCUGGAAGGCACCCAGAGCGAAGUGGACCACGCUCUGGACCUGAUUGGUCGGAAGUUCCCCACGGUGGACCUGAGCGCCGUUGAAGACUGUCCCGUCGAGGAAUCCUCCGACAUCUCCCAAAGGUGUGUGGACAUCAUCCCUGUCCUCCCUCCUCAACUCCAGCUGCAGCUGACCGAGGGUCUGAACGACGUGAUCGUCUGUAACAUCCUGGACGCCUCGCACAUCUUUGUUCAGCAGCACAUCCACCCCACCUUCCCCGCUCUGGCCACGCUGGACCACUGUAUGGCCAUCUGCUACGCCGACCAAACACUGGUGCCAGGGGUGCCCAAACCUGUAGACAUUGGUGUGAUCUGUGUGGCACCGUCACCCAUGGUGGGAGCGUACUGUCGCGCCGAAGUCCGGGAGGUCAUGGACGACACGGACUCCGUGGUGGUGAAGUUCUGUGACUACGGAGGGUACUACCACGUCCCGCGAGAUGUCCUCAGACAGAUCAGGAGUGAUUUCAUGACCCUACCAUUCCAGGCUGUGGAAUGUUACAUGGCAAACAUCGCACCACUAGAAGGUGAGGAGAGCUUCUCCCUGGAGGCCACAGGACUGGUGGAGGAGUUGACCCAGGGUAUAGUGACUCAGGUGAACGUGGUGGGGUACUCUACUGAAGGCUGCCCACUGGUACAUCUGUACUCUACACAGGGUGACACAAGCAUCAUGGUGAACCGGGUCAUGGUGGAACAGGGGCUGGCACAGUGGAUAGAGGGAUGAAUCUUACAGUUCCAAAUCAGCUGCCAGCUUUACUGCCACAAGUGCAAUCACCGCAACCUAGUUUCAGAGAUGUCAUCAUAACAGAGAAAAGAAAUACAUGGCAGAAAGUCAGAUAUGGGCUGUAACUACCAUUUUCUUUCCAGCAUCUUGUGUAGCAAAGGCUCAGUUGUGUAAUGCUGUACAUACAUUGCUAAAUAGAGCAGAUCCUUUGGGGAAAAGACUUAAUUGUUUAGUUUGAUGACAACCUAGAUGGCAUUUCUGAGAUACAAGCUCUGCAACAUGCUAUGCUAUAGAGGCGCUGUGUACAUAUUAUUACUACAAGUAGUUUUUGUUAGCUAAAUUAUGUUUAUUACUUACUUGUGUUGGAUAGUUUGAGAAGAAGAGCUUUUAAUUAUUGAACACCAAAUAAAGAUAUUUGACAUCUCUUAUGUUAACUGGAAUAUUUCAUUUAUGUCUACAACAGAAAUGAUAUUCAAGAGAGCAAAGGUUUCCGUUUCUUGUACAAUUUUUUCAGCGAUGCUUUUGUUGAAAAACUGGACAACCCACUACUUCAUCUCGUGCAAUGAGACUGUUUCACUUGUCAGAUUUACAUAAAUAUUGUACAUACUGGUAACACACAUUGUCCUUGACUGUACAGUUUAUAAAAAACAUGUUCCUAGCAGGUUUACAAGUUACAGCUGUUUUUACAUGCAUCCGAAUCAGAUUAUAUGGAGACAAGCAUUAGAUUUCUAUGACUAAAAUGGAAGCCACUUGCCUGAAAUAGUUUCUACAUUCAUACAUCUUUGGAAAGAUUUAAUGUCUGCCUACAUUGAGUGAUAGCUGGUUAUAUGGGAAUCAUGGAUGUGUAUAGAGAAAUUACUUAUUGUUGCUUUCUACUGCAUGCAUGAGAGAAAUAAUGAAGCAAAACCAUAAAAAGAUGUGAUUGAAGCAGACAAUAGAUGUGAUUGUGUGAUGAGUACUUUGUGUACUGGUGAUUUGCUUUGUCUAUUUUUCCAAUAAAGUUACCUUUGCACCAUAA